AGGAGGGGCCACGGAGAGGGAGAAGGAAGAGGCCAGGGCCGGGCGGCGACGGCUGUAGGUUGUGAGACGGCGGCGGCUGCGGCGGCGGCUCUCCCUGGGGUGGACGAUGGAUAGCCAGGGCAGGAAGGUGGUGGUGUGCGACAACGGAACCGGGUUUGUGAAGUGUGGAUAUGCAGGCUCUAACUUUCCAGAACACAUCUUCCCAGCUUUGGUUGGAAGACCUAUUAUCAGAUCAACCACCAAAGUGGGAAACAUUGAAAUCAAGGAUCUCAUGGUUGGUGAUGAGGCAAGUGAAUUACGAUCAAUGUUAGAAGUUAACUAUCCUAUGGAAAAUGGCAUUGUACGAAAUUGGGAUGACAUGAAACAUCUGUGGGAUUAUACCUUUGGACCAGAGAAACUUAACAUAGAUACCAGAAAUUGUAAAAUCUUACUCACAGAACCUCCUAUGAACCCAACCAAAAACAGAGAGAAGAUUGUAGAGGUAAUGUUUGAAACUUACCAGUUUUCUGGUGUGUAUGUAGCCAUCCAGGCAGUUCUGACUUUGUAUGCUCAAGGUUUAUUGACUGGUGUAGUGGUGGAUUCUGGAGAUGGUGUAACUCACAUUUGCCCAGUGUAUGAAGGUUUUUCUCUCCCUCAUCUUACCAGGAGACUGGAUAUUGCUGGGAGGGAUAUUACCAGAUAUCUUAUCAAGCUGCUUCUGUUGAGAGGAUACGCCUUCAACCAUUCUGCUGAUUUUGAAACGGUUCGCAUGAUUAAAGAAAAACUGUGUUAUGUGGGAUACAAUAUUGAGCAGGAGCAGAAACUGGCUUUAGAAACCACAGUAUUAGUUGAAUCUUAUACACUCCCAGAUGGACGCAUUAUUAAAGUUGGGGGAGAGAGAUUUGAAGCACCAGAAGCUUUAUUUCAACCUCAUUUGAUCAAUGUUGAGGGAGUCGGUGUUGCUGAAUUGCUAUUUAACACAAUCCAGGCGGCUGACAUUGAUACCAGAUCUGAGUUCUACAAGCACAUUGUGCUUUCUGGAGGAUCUACUAUGUAUCCUGGCCUGCCAUCAAGGUUGGAACGAGAACUUAAACAGCUUUACUUAGAACGAGUUUUAAAAGGAGAUGUGGAAAAACUUUCUAAAUUUAAGAUUCGAAUUGAAGACCCACCUCGCAGAAAGCACAUGGUCUUCCUGGGUGGUGCAGUUCUAGCAGAUAUCAUGAAAGACAAAGACAACUUUUGGAUGACCCGACAGGAGUACCAAGAAAAGGGUGUCCGAGUCCUGGAAAAACUUGGUGUGACUGUUCGAUAAACUGCAAGGCUUGUUCCAAUCACACCCCUAAUGCUUUCUUUCUUCCUUUAUUGCCAAUCUUUGAACUCAUUCAACUCCAGGACAUGAAGAGGCCUCUCUGUGCCCUUUGACUGAAAAGGUCAAGUUUUAUUCUGGUACCUUGGGGAAGGUUUGUUGGUUUUUUUUUUUUUUGUUUUUUUUUUUUAAUGAGUUAAUCUGGCCGUUUAAUAUAACCACUUCCCUGCAAACACAACCAGGGGGCAAAGGGUCCUGUCUGCUGCUUUGUUUCUUCUAAGUAGGCAUUUAGAUAAAUCCUAUAGGCUUCCUAUUUUCACUUUACUGCUCUAAUGUUGCUAGUUUUAGUCUUUAGCACAGUAGGUGGUAUGCCUUUAUUAGCAUAAGAAAAACUUUUACAUAUUACUGGGGUGGGGGGUGGUGAGGGAUGGGUGGGCAGCCCUGAACCCUUUAGGGCUUUUCUCUGUAGUGUGGCGCUUUCUACAGUUACUGCUGCAGCUUUAAGUGCUUUAAAUCUUCUCCUAUUAACAUCCUAGGGAAAUGUUAAGCUCAGAACUAAAAUGAUUUUUUUGCCUAGUGGGGGGAGUGGGUAAUCUUUUGAUUGUGAUUUUUUUGAGGUUUUCUGCUGGGGGUAUAUAAAAUGAACCUUAUUUACAGUACUUUGAUUUGACAGAUUUUCUUCUUUUUGUCUGCCUGGAACUGUUUCCAUAUCAUAUUAAAAGCAAGUAUAGUAUUCCAUUACCA